AUGCCAAAAGCUGUGUUGUUUGCUUCUUCACCGACCUCCAUUAUUGUCGAUCGCUUUCUUUCAAACGUGGUCGUUUGUCUACCAUCAGCCACGGCACGUGGAGCAAUCCAUCCCUCUCGAGGUACCGGCCCUAUGUCAGGCACUACCCGUGCAGCCGGAUCCGAAAUUCGCGUAAAUCGCGGUCAGUGUGAUGAACCAGCAUCUAACGAACGUGCGGGUACUUGCGUCGCGUGUGUGAAGUCUAUCCCUAGAGUCAACGAACCAAUCACCACGAGUCCAGCCGCCACGAGCAGCAGAUGUCGUUUCAAGUCGCGCACCAAGUCAGGAACGCGACUGCAAAUCGCCCGCUUACCCGGGCCGAGUCAAUCCACAGAGGAGCCUGGUCGUGUGUUACGUGACGGCAGCGGGUGA